UAUGCACGUGACACUCUGAUUGCAUGUUUGCUCGGUUUGCCUCCCUGCCUCUCAUUGCGAAGCUUCACUUCACCCUCCACCAUCCACUCCACUCCCAUUGUUCAGACAGACCACAAUUCGCGUCCGGAUAUCCCAGUGACGAAGCUGCAAGCAGGUCUUGCAAACCAGAAAACCCUUUAGUGAUCAUAUCCUCCCCUCCUUCCAACUCACAACAUGGAACCCGAAAAGCGCAAAUACGCCGCCGGGCCUUCCCUGCCCUCCACUAGCGAAGACGACUCCAGCAAACGUCGCAAAGUGAUCGGACCAGCUCCCCCUCCUCCAUCUACCACUGCAGACGCCAAUUCCUCCGACAACAGCUCCUCUGAUGACGACUCUGACGACGACUUCGGACCCAGCCUCCCUCCGCCAGAAGGCACCGUCCCAUCUGUCCCCAAUACCAGCGCAACACAACCCAUCCCCUCCGAAAGUACCUCAGAAGCACCAAAACAACCCCAGCGCGAUGCCUGGAUGCUCGAGCCCAUCGACGGCUCGAACCGCAACUCCCGCGUCGACCCGACGAAACUGCGCAACCGGAAAUUCCAAACCGGGCGGGGAGCCAACACUACGCCCAGUGCGGGCGGGUUAGACGUUUCCUGGACUGAGACGCCGGAGCAGAAAAUGAAGCGCCUACAGGAUGAGGUCCUGGGUGUGCAAACACGGCCUACUGCCCCUAAUGCGGGCGACUCGGCGGGAGGAGCGCGCGGCGCACAGCCCUCGCGGGCUAUGCAGGAGAAGAUCCACCGGUUCAAUGAAGAGAAGAGGAAGGAGGAGGCGAAAGCGAGGGAUGCGGAGAGAAAGAAGAAGAAGGAUGGAGAAGAAGAGGAGGAUGACCCUAGUGCUCGUGCUUUUGAUAAGGAGAAGGAUAUGGCGCUUUCGUCGAAGAUUACGCAUGCGCAGAGACGGGAGAUGAUGAAUAAGGCGGCGGACUUUGGGUCGAGGUUUACGAGUGGGAAGUUUCUGUGAUUGAGCGACGCUUGUUCGGUAUCUUUCACGAGGAUCUUGUCCGACUUGCUUCGCAUGGUUGCGGCUCUGUCGUACACAGCGUCGUACGGGCCAUCCGUUUGUUGAUCAAUUCUGCCUAGGGCAAUGACUGGCAGCCGGAGGCUGGGCAAUUCCUCUAUGCCAAUGGUCGUUUCGGAUAAGUGCAUCGCCCUGAUCAGCCAUGUUGGUUACAGUUCUCGUUGUAUCUGGUAGCAGCACCUGCUGUUAGAUAUCAAGGCUCACAGUGCCGCGAGAAUGACCAGUGAGCCAUCUCAGGUUGUCGCCGCAGCGCGGUGACAUGCUGGAGCUAUGAAAAAUGGACUAAUACUAUCAUGGAACUUCAGUGUCCUCUCAGAGGACAGAUAGUAGGCCGAUUAGCUGGUAUGGGGUUUGGGUUCUCCGAAACCCGCCAAGAUGGGAAGAUCAAGAUAACUUUAUUUGGCGGCUUGGCUGCUUCGGAUGGCCAUCCCGCAGAUAACAUCUGGUGUGAUUCUGGGGUACAUCCCUAGAGUUUGAGUUGUAAUUUUAUAUAAAGACUACAUAGAAACCUAGGUAAAUAAGUUCAAAUAUCAUAAUUAGCUGCAAUCAUCUUCACUUACGCAGACGAAACAGUCAGCGGGGCG